UCAAUUCGUGUGUGGUCGUCAUUUCGCAAUGGCUCGUGAAAAGUGAAAAUUAUCGCCAAGCUGGUCGGAAAGUAUCAAAUUCAAUCAAAUUUUAACCAAAACUACUUUCCUCGGGUGUCGGGAAACGGAAAAAAUCACUUCAUUCACGGAAACGAGCAUCAGAAUCGACAAAAUCUUCCCCAGUCAAUGGAGCAAAAUCGAACAUAAAAUUUUGCACAAAGGAAAAUCGAAAUCUGCCAGACGACUCCGCAGCAAGGAAGAAAGAAAAACUUUUUUCGGGGUUUGGUCCCGAAUCGAAGAUGUUGAAUUAGUAAUAUUCGGCGAAAGGCGUUCGAAAAGCAAUUCAGGCCAGCUGUUUUUAGGAGAAAGAUUCCUUUCGAACGACUAGGAAUUUAACUUCCGGUGAUCAACCAUGGCAUCGUCGGAUUGUUCGUUUGUCGGAACAUGGGAGAUUAUCGAGUCUCAUCUGGACGGCACUGCGGAAAAACUUGGCCUCGAAAGCGUCAAAUUCCGCCUGGAUGAAAUGGGUGACAUCAUCUGGUACAACGAUCUGAUCAAUACCAGCAACGCAAGCGGUGACGACCAGAAGAUGGCCAGCUUCGAGUCCAACUUCUGCCCGAUGAACGAUUCGGCCGUGGUCCUGUUUAGCUGCGAAACAUUCGAGGUUGUUGAGCUCAGUUCCAAUGGGCCCGGAUUGAUCUUUGGAGCGUAUACCGGGCAUAGCAUUGAAUUCAGGACGAAUACCUACAGCCCCACGGAUCGGAUGUCGCUCAAGUGCGAUGGUUGGUGUCAGUUGGUCUGUCAGCGGGUUAAUGACGAUCAGUCCGUUGGGCAGGAGAUUCCGUUCACGCUGCUUUCGGUGCUGGACGAUGGAAAUUUCUGUGAUGUCACUCUGAAGAGUUGUGAUAAUGUUAUUUACAAUGUUCACUCUCCAAUUCUGCGUUUGAAUGGCUUCGACUGUAGCAGCGUAACGGCCGCAACCACAUAUCAACAUCUGGCGAAUCGAUUCGAGGUCGCAGCCAAUAACGUAGCGGAUCGUCCACAUCCACCGCUGAUGAAGGUCAACUCAGUGCCCUGCGCCAAAUCCCCAAAUAAAACAUCUACGCAACAUAUCAGCCAACGGGCAAGUCCCACGACCACUUCGAACAACUUCCUGCUUCCUCCUACGUUGGAUGCGUACAAUCUAUCGCCAAAACUUGUUAACAACAUCUCCAACUCGUUCAACUGCCUAGCGGCCAAGGAUUCCAUCUUCCUCGAGGUGCCCCGGAAACACCAUGUGUCCUCGUCUGACUCCAAUCUCAACUCCGACAGGAACAUAUUCUUCUUCCCGGCUCCCAGUAUGAUCACUCCGAGUAUGGAUCCCAUACAGCGGGGCAAGUUUAAGCCGCCUUCUUCACCGUUUAGAGCCCGAAGUCCAUCUCCUUUCCCGUGUUCCCUCGAUACACCCCCAUCAUCACCACUGACUCCACUUUCGGUACUCAACAACAUUCCCUCGAAGAUGCUGUCCACCAUACUGCACUGGCUUUACUGCGAAUGUCUUCCGGAAGACCUGGACGAAGAUACGUGCUGUAGUUUGAUAGCAAUGUGUGAGAGCACCACUCCCCUCAGUCGGAUGUCUAGACCCUGCAAGAACUUCCUACGUAAUAUCCAGCUAAAGAAAUUUGUCAUUGACAUCGUUUCGGAUCUUCACGACAGUCUGAACCACAUGAUCCAAAUGGUCAACCCGAACACAAUUUCACACAGCCCUUGCGUACUCUGUCAGGUGUUCAAGGAGGGUUUUAAGGAAACUCUAAUCGCAAUCGUUAAACUACUUCAAUUCUGCAAUAUCUUCACUAAAGAUGCGACCACGUUCACCCGGCAUCAGCGGCACGAGAUUAUCAAGUACGUGCGAUCGAGGAUGCCGGUGUUCCUGUCGCAGAUUCAUCAGCUGUUGCAGAACAUCAAUGUGGUGCUGUGUGGGCUGACCAGUGAAGAGAAGAACGAUCUGGUGUCCUACCUGGUGCCGGAGAUUAUCUACGCGUUGGAGGUACUGACGGCGGCGGUGUCCGAGAUUAAGAACUCGCUGGAGAAGGUUUGCAAGGAUCUGAAAUCAACUCACACCCCGGAAGUUCGCGGAGGCGGUGGAGGUCCCAAUCCAACCUCUUCGUCAGUAGGUGGUGGAGGCCUUCUAGACGGGCGACCGGCCGCCCGUUCCCGAACCCGCAGUUCCUCCAGCUAUGGCUACAACCUAACUCACCAUGGGCCAACCAGCCCCUCGGCCAGCUCAGCCGAGUCCCGCUACAACCAACAGAACUCCGAGAACGACCUCAAGUUCUUCCUGUACAUGUACGAGGUCAAGAAGAUGCGAGACAUCUACGGCCGGGUGUCGAGCGCCUUGGAAAUCAUUCUUCACAAGAGAGCAACCUUCAACGAGAUGAACCAUCUGCACCAGCACCAGACGAUUCGGCGCAACGUAGAGCAGCUGAUCAUGGAAGUUCCGCUGUUCAUCGCCCGGCUGGAGGAACUCUGUGAUACCAUCGACGAGAAGAUCGGCUGGAAGGAGUUCAAGUUUUGCUUCAAGUUCCUCACCAGUCAGGUGAAUGGAAUAAUCACAAAACUGUUGGAGCAUAAAUCGGCCUUAAGUGACGCGAUGCUGUAUGUGUCGAACUUGGUGCAGAAGGAGCAGUUCACCCGUGCCAUGUUGGAAUUGGGUCUGUUGGAGGGACGAAGUGUGGAUAGCAGUGGCUACGGAGAUCCGCGUCCCUGUCCCAAUCGAUACCUCGACUAUAGCAGUACUAAGCUAAACCUGGUUCAAAGCCUGUGUGAACCUCCGGCGGCCUUGCACAGUAGCCUGUCGAAGAAUGCCUUAAAGUUGCUGCACUCGGGACAGCUUGCCGACAUGGAGUUCGAAAUAGUGGUUUCGCCGACGGAUUGCCAGAACGAGAACAUCGUGAGUGCGUUCGACUUUAGUCCGGACGAUGCAUUGAUCGUUAACAGUGGAUCUUCGGGUGGUGGAGGAAGUGGAACACCGGUAAAGAACCAGUCCUACACCUUCAAAGCUCAUCGGGUUAUCGUGGCAGCUCGCUGCGAGUGGUUCAAGAAGGCACUUCUCUCCGGGAUGCAGGAGGACAUCAACAGAAAAAUCGUGAUCCACGACACUUCGCCUGUGAUAUUUCGUCGACUCCUUCUAUACCUUUACGGAGCACCCGUAGACAAAUCCGUUGGAGUCGAUCAGAUAUGUGAGCUGAUGCUGCUGGCCGAUCGCUACUCCGUUGACAACUUGAAGGACAUAUGCGAGAACACCUUGAUUGCAUCGAUCGAUAGCGACUCGAUCAUCUACCUUCUAGGGAUCUCUGAUCGCUUCAACGCUACGACUCUCAAGGCCAGUUGCUUAUCUUAUGUGUCCCAGCAUACGGAGUUGACCAAUCUGGAGAUAUUCAACGAACUUCCGGGGUAUUUACAGAACGAAGUUCACGACCUGAUCAAAUGGUGCGGCCGAGUUCCGGAGCCCUGGUCCGAAAGCUCCCGCUCAAAUCGAUCCCGGCGUAGCCUGAAGAGUCCAUCCCGGUCCAAAUCGUCACGAUCCCGAAAAACAUCCCCUUCCUUCAUGUGACAAUGAUCGGCCGAUCCAAAUCUUCUUCUUUCUUCGACUGAUGAUGAUGAUGACCUAGACAACAACCUUCAAUCUUCGUUGACGUUGACUGCUCGAAGAAAUCUGUAUUACACUGUGAUGAGAGUUUACCCAACGUGGGGCAAAAUGCAGAGGUGUGGCUCCUAACGGCUUCCUCUCUGUGGACUUACAUAUAUUUAUCCGAUCGACUGUUUACAACUUUAAAAAAUACUACUGAUCAAGCUGCGCUGUGUCAAGAUAACUUACACGAAAACAUAGAUAGCGAUUACAAAAUUUCUUAUUGAGCAUAAAAAAUCAACUAAAAUUUACCCAAAUUGUCAUCGAAACCAUUUCAUAGUGCAUAGUCUUCAAGUCUCAACAAACUUAAAUUAACUCAUCAACAACCAAAAAGGCUACUAACUGUUUAGGGACUUCCUAGAACUUUUCGAAAAAAUAUGCAGUCUGAUCUAGUCUAGAAAACUGUUUGCAAUCAAAGUUCAAACAUUAGACCCAUCUUUAAGCAUUAAUUGUAGAAAGAGUCAUGAGAUUAAUAAGAGUAAGGAGACCCCCCUACUUGUGGUUUUUAUUAGAAACCUAAUUGGCAAAGUGGAUCGUGAUUGCGUUACAAACUUUAAUUAAUUUUUAAGUGUUAUCAACUCUUCUCAUAACUGUGUAACUGUCGUUACAUAACCAAAACAUACACAUGAAUACAAAAAAUAAAAAAAAAACUCUUCACGCUUAUCACUCAAUGUUUCCAAAAGAUCUCAGCAAAACGGAAGAAAAAAUUCAACCUUUAAAUGUUAUUGAUUAUUUUAAUUCGCAAGUAGCAAAUUGAGCAAACGAGCAAAAAAACAAACAAAAAAGCAUUGCCAAACUUAAAAAAAAUCGUUUAAUACAGAAAUUGUAUCUUGAGACGAGUUUUUCUGUGUGAAAGCAAUUUUUUCGUUCAAUCUGAUGUUGGACGAGCAAAAAGAAAAACAAGAUAUAAAAAUAUAUACAUACAACAAAACAUACAUUUAUGAAUCUACCGUAUAGAUUGCUAUUUAGUAGGUGAAAGUGAGUGGUGUGCAGAAAAUCAAAGAUAGAACAAAAAAAUCCGUUUUAUUCUACUAUUUUAGAUGUUGAACCAAAAUAAAAAUUCGAUUCUUCUCAA